UUUGGUGCGGUGUCAUCGAGAACAUGGCGUGAACGUUAAGCGUGGCCACCUUAAGCGAAGACUCCGGUCGAAGGCUACGAGAUAAACUAGCGUUAUAAGCCGAGUGGAACGCGCGCUAGUUUACUGACACUUCGAGAAACCUGCACACUGACGGCUUUCCGUUAAGACUGACUGACUCGUGAUAACUUCGCCGGUGAUUAAAAUAGCUCAACACAAAAUGAAUAAGGACACAGAAGUGGACAUGAAGGAAGUAGAACUUAAUGAGCUGGACCUGGAGAAGCAGCCGAUGACUGGCGGAGAGCCAGGAAAUUCACCCCUUGGCACGGAGAAGAAUGGCUGUGUCAAGGUGAAGGUGCCAGAGGAGUCUGAUUUCAAGUUCACCGGCCUCUCGAAGGAGGAACUGAUGAAGGUUGCUGGGACACCAGGAUGGGUCAGAAUACGCUGGGUCUUGCUGGUUCUCUUCUGGCUUGGCUGGGUUGGAAUGCUGGCUGGGGCCAUUGUCAUCAUUGUCCAAGCCCCCCGGUGCAAGCCCCUCCCUGAGAUGAACUGGUGGAACAGUGGGCCUCUGUACCAGAUACAGGAUGUAGAUGCAUUCGUGGAAAACGACGGCCUGAAAGGACUAGUGGAGAAAAUUGAGAGUCUGAACCAGCUGAAGGUGAAAGGCUUGGUCGUGGGACCCCUCCACACAGUCCAGAAGGAUGUGCCUACCAUGUUAGACUUUACCAAAUUCAACCCAGAUGUGGGGACCAAGGAGGACUUUGAGAACCUGCUAGACAAGGCUCACAAGAAAGGCCUUUCAGUGGUCGUGGACAUGACCCCUAACUUCAAUGGACAGAAUCUCUGGUUUGGGAACGCCGAAGUGAUCAGCACUAUGGAAAAACUCAAGCGUGCCCUGCCUCUCUGGAUUGAUAUCGGAGUGGAUGGGUUUCAGUUGGCUGGCAUUGAUGAAGUGCUUGAGACUGCUCCAGGUGAAUGGUCCAGCCUGAGAGAGAUGAUUCAGGCAAACAGAACUGAAGGCACAAAGAAAAGAGCCCUAAUCGGUGUAACUGAGAAGACGUCCGCCACAGAAGUGUCCACGCUCCUUAACACCUCCGGAGUGGAUCUGCUGCUUUCCGGGGUCCUGGAGCCAAAUGCCACUGGCACCGAGAGAGCCAAGGCCAUUCAGUACCUCUACUCAUCCCAGAACCAGACCAGCCUGGCCUGGAGUGUGGGUGACAGCACCAAGAAGCACCUGGCCACCCUCGUUGGCUCAAAGCUAGUGAAACUCUACCAGUUGCUUGUGUUCUCUCUGCCAGGCACACCUGUGUUCAGCUACGGGGAUGAGAUUUGUCUGGAGCAGCAGAAUGGCACAACAUUCCCCAAGAUGGUUUGGGACUUAGAAAAAGGUGCAGAUGAGAAGGAUGAGACUUUGAAGAUGGUGGGUGAGCAACAGCGGUCCUGUCGCUCCUUCUUUAAGACCCUCAGUGACUGGCGAGGAAAGGAGCGCUCCCUACAGCACGGUGACUUCCUGCUGCUCCACAACAGCACUUCCUCACUGGCCUUCUUGCGGGAGUGGGACCAGAGCGAACGCUACCUUGCCGUACUCAACUGGGGGUCCAGUCCUGUCAAGUUUCAGCUGAACCAUGAAAGCCUUCCAGAACAGGUCACUGUGCUGCUGAGCACUGACCCUGCCAAGCAUGCUCCAGAGGGUGCUGUGGAUCUGAAGAAGCUGGAGCUCGAGUCGGGGCAGGCUGUGUUACUGCGCUUCCCGUACAGCGCAUAGAGGCUCUGCCACCUGCUCGUCCGCUACCUAACAGUAGAAGUUCACAGCACUCAUCAGUAGAUACUUUUCUGUAUUUAGUUGUUGAUUAAACCUGGAGUAAUCUGGGUUGGUGGAUUUACAGUAAAAAAAAGAAUUUAUAACACUUACCGUCUAGACAUACACUGACCUUUACUUAGGCCAAAAGCAAUUUACAGAUUUACUGUCCCUCCACAUUAUCAGUCACUAUCUGAUUCCAGACAUUUCAGAAGAGAAGAAACGAAUACCUUGUGGGAACAGAAUAUCCCAAAUUUGUCCUAUUUAAGUAUGUUUCUGAGCAAGAUGCAAAAUGUUUGUCAAUCAUCUUUUGGUCAUUGACAGUAGAAAAAGGAAAGAAAAUAAAACUGAAAUAUUGAAAGUGA